AUGACCGAGGUUAGCUCUUCGGAAGCUUCGCGCCCAAAGCCCCCACGUAUACGGUUCUCGCCCGCGAUAUCGUCACGCGAAAUCUCGCCAGACCGCAGUUCUUACUUCAACGGUCACGGCAGCAGCUCCGGCUCCGAGUCGGACGAUGUCAAAGCCUCUCUUUUACCAAAGCCCGUCGGAUGGGCAACACGUCGGCGGAAUUACCGUGGCUGGUGGCGGGACAACUGGGGGAACGCCGUCUUGAUCACCGCCUUGGUGGUGUUGUCGGUGGGGUUUGGGACGAUCGUUUGGGAGAACGAGGGAGGUUCCGAGCCUGUUAUCGACGACCCGGAGCUUCUUGUGACGGCAAGGCAUGGUGUGGUCAGUUCGGAUGUCGAUGUGUGCAGUCAGAUCGGAGUCGAUACCAUGAAAAAAGGCGGGAAUGCCGUUGAUGCGGCCAUCGCUACCGCGGCCUGCAUCGGAACCAUUAAUAUGUUUGCGAGUGGUGUCGGUGGGGGUGGCUUCAUGGUCGUGAGGAUGGCGGACGGUACAUCGAAGAGCUUCAACUUCAGAGAAGCUGCGCCAGCCAAGGCUUCGCGAGACAUGUAUAAUGAAAACGCCUUGCUCGCCCAGGUCGGGGGUCUUGCUGUCGCAGUUCCCGGAGAAGUCCACGGUUUUGCUGCUGCACACCAGAUGUUUGGUGCCCUGCCGUGGAAGGAUGUUUGGGAACCCAGCAUCAACCUCAAUACCGAAGGGUUCCAGGUUACACCAACCCUCCAGAGUAUUAUCCUUAAGGAAGAGCAGUUCUUUUACGACAAUAAGAAGGAUUGGCCCUUCCUUUUCUCCGAGGCUGGCUCAUUGGUAGUCACCAGCGAUGUUGUCAAGCGCCCAGAAUAUGCUGCUACCUUAUCCACGAUCGCCGGAAACGGCACUGGAGAUGUCUACCAUGGCGUUCACGAAUUUUAUAACGGCUCGCUUGCCUCGCAAUUAACACAAGCGAUUCAAGCAGCGAAUGGGAUCGUCACGGAAUCCGACUUCUCGAAGUACUACACCGUCGUAUCUGAUACUGUCAAUACGACCUUCUUAGGCAACGAGGUAUUCACAUGUCCUCCUCCUUGCUCCGGCCCCGUCAUGCUGGAGGGCCUCAACAUCGCCGAAGGCCUUCCUAUGAGCGAUCCCAAGGCACCUAACUCCCACCACUAUCUUAUCGAGGUUAUGAAAUGGCUAUCCGCCGGACGCACCGAGCUUGGCGAUCCAUUCGACUCGAUCGUCUCGGACAAUGCAGUCCGGAUCGCCGAACUCAACACUAAAGAAUACGCCGAGUCUGUCCGCGCUAAUAUCUCCUCAGAGCGAACGUACUCCUGGGAGCACUAUAACCCUGCAUAUGAACCCAAUGACCCUAAAGGUACCUCUCACCUCUCGGUCAUCGACAAGGACGGCAACGCCGUGGCCCUCACUACCACGGUCAACCUGUACUGGGGCGCGAAACUCCAUGACCUUGUGACUGGUGUUGUGCUGAACUCCGAGAUGGACGACUUUUCGAUCCCGGGGCGCUCCAAUGCCUACCAUCUCGAGCCGAGUGUGUACAAUUACAUCCAGCCGUUCAAGCGCCCGCUAUCCUCCACCGCACCUACGAUCAUCGUUGACGAGAAUGGCCACGCCAUGAUGGUUAUCGGCGCAUCUGGCGGAAGCCGGAUCGUCACGGGGGUCUUUGAGGCUAUCAUCAAGAAGGUUGUGUGGGGAUAUAGCUUGCUCGAUACGAUCAGAUCUCCAAGACUUCACCAUCAGCUCAUCCCCGAGGUUGUGUACUGCGAGGAGGCCGUCGAAGAUCGGAUCCUUGUGGAGCUCGAGAGCAAGGGGCACGUUGUCAGCCGGAAGCGGCGGGGAGAAGCCGCUGGUGGCAGUGUUAUGCAGGGCGCUUGGAGGGACCCGGAGACCGGGAUGAUGGAAGGUGUUGCGGAUUGGUGGAGGAAGGGUGGGAAGGCGAGAGGAUACUGA